GCCAGUGUCUCGUCCCCUCUGCAUCGCCCACCUCCGGCCGGCCAGUCCCGCUCCUCCGGCAGGGGGAAGGGGGCAGGCUCCCGCCUCACCCCACAAAAUCCACCCCACGCUGCGGGCUGGGAGGACUCGGCGGCCGGUCUGACUCCAGCCCCUCGCCUCGCUGCGGGGGACCGGCUCUGCAAGGGGAGUGCGCCCGGCCUGGGAAGCCUAGAGCGGUGGGAGCGGAGAGGGGGUUUCCUGGGACAGGAAAGCAUUGCUGCUGGGAGCCCUGCACUGCACGGGAGAGGAAGCAAGGAUGAGGAGCUCGCGGUCCCUCCUCUCACGUCGUGCCCUUUGGCAGGCUAUGCAGGUCGUGCUGCUCUUGGUAUUGACUUCACUGUUAACUGGCAGAGUAAAAGCUGGUGGAAAAUCUUACACAGGACCAUGUGGAGGAAGAGACUGUAGUAGGGGAUGUGAAUGUUUCCCUGAAAAAGGAGGCCGUGGUCAACCAGGACUACUUGGACCUCAGGGGUUCCCUGGACCACCAGGAUUAAUGGGUAUCCCAGGUUUAGAAGGUCACAAAGGUCACAAAGGUGAAAGAGGGCGACCUGGAGUAACUGGACCAAAAGGAGAAGUGGGGCUAACAGGAGUAACUGGUUUCCCUGGUGCAGAUGGUGUUCCUGGUCAUCCUGGGCAGCCAGGAUCAAGGGGGAAACCAGGUCACGAUGGCUGCAAUGGGACCAGAGGUGAUGCUGGUGAACGAGGAAGUCAGGGGCACAGCGGUCAACCUGGUUCUUUUGGAAUCCAAGGACCAAAAGGUCAGAAGGGGGAACCUUUUGUAAUGACUCCUGAGCUAGCAAGCAAAUUCAGGGGAGAGCCUGGUGAGCGGGGAUUGUUGGGCUUUCCAGGACCUCAAGGUGCUCCUGGUGUUGUGGGUUUCAUUGGUCCAACAGGAAAUCCAGGAAAGAAAGGACCACAAGGGCUACCAGGUUUGCCAGGAGAACAAGGCAACAGGGGCCUGAGUUUUUAUGGAAAAAAAGGUGAAAAGGGUGAAAAGGGUCCAGCGGGCCGUCCUGGGCUUCCAUCGGAGCUGAUGGCAGUUCCCCCAGACACAAUCCUAGAAGAACAAUACAAGGGUGAAAAGGGAAUAAAAGGAGAAACAGGAGAACCUGGAACUCGAGGCUCACCCGCAUAUUCAGCAGAAAAAGGAGAAGAAGGAAUAAUGGGUUUUCCAGGACAAAGGGGAUUACCUGGUAUCAAUGGCAUCCCAGGAGCUGCCGGGGAAAAAGGUUUCCAAGGAUUUGAUGGCAUGCCAGGCAGCCGUGGUCCUAAAGGAAUGAAGGGAGAGCAGGGUGAGAGAGGGUUUCAAGGACCACCUGUUUAUACUCCGUUUCCCGUUCCAAGAAAAGGUGUAUCAGGUGAUCCAGGAUUGCCAGGUGUUCCUGGGCCUGCAGGAGACCGAGGGGACCAAGGAGAUCCCGGCCUUCCUGGUCUUCCUGGAUCGUCAGAUGGCUUUCCUGAUGGCUAUGAAAGAAGAGGUUUACGUGGAGAAAUGGGUGCCAAAGGUUUUAGUGGAGAACCAGGUUUUCCAGCAACUCAGCCAGGCCCACCAGGUAGUGAUGGUAAACCAGGACUUCCAGGAUUCCCUGGCCCACCUGGUCUUCCAGGAACUCCAGGCUAUCCUUUUGGACUGAAGGGACGCCAGGGGGAUCCAGGUGAGGCGGGCAGCCGAGGUUUCCCUGGGUUCCGAGGACAAAAAGGAUUGAAAGGUGAAACAGGGGACUGUAAAUGUAUUGAAAGUGAGGAAGCCAGACGGGGUCCUGCUGGUCCACCCGGUCCACCAGGUUUUCCAGGUCCAACUGGACAGCCUGGACGGAAAGGAGAUGAUGGAGAUCAAGGUCAGCAUGGUCUUCCAGGCUUCUCUGGUGCAAAAGGAUUUCCUGGUGCAGUCGGAUUUCCUGGGCCAAAAGGGGAGAAAGGAGAUCCUAGAUAUGUUACAACAAAAGGUACCAAAGGAGACCCAGGAGAUCCUGGACUAUCUGGCAUUAAAGGUGAAGAUGGGUUUCAAGGAAAAGAUGGCAUAGAUGGCUUACCAGGGUUUCCUGGCCUUCCAGGUGAUGGUGUAAGAGGUUCACCAGGUGACCCUGGUUAUCCAGGACUACAAGGUGAAAAGGGCUUUCUGGGAGAUAUUGGUCUGCCAGGUGCAGGCUUACCUGGCCCGAAAGGAUACCGUGGCCCUCCAGGUGACAUUGGAACAUAUGGAAAUCCAGGGCUUCAAGGUCCCCCAGGUCCUCCAGGUGCUCCUGCCCAAUUAGAUUGUAACCAAGUUACUGAAGAUCAAGGCAUCAAGACAGUUUGGUCAGGGGCAGAAUGCGUGAGAGCACCAAAAGGAUCCCCAGGAAAGCCGGGAUUGCCAGGAGCUAUAGGUGCAAAAGGUGCUAAAGGGAUUCCAGGUGAACCAGGUCUGGAUGGAUUCCAAGGGCUAAAAGGUUCACAAGGUGAUCCAGGUCGUGAAGGAUUACCAGGUCCUCGAGGUUUUACUGGACCCCGGGGAGAUGGAGGCCCACCAGGUCUACCAGGGCUAUCGGGGAAUCCAGGCAAUGCAGGAAAACCAGGUGCCCCAGGGCCUAUAGGACCAAAAGGAAUUGCAGGUGAAGUUUUAGGAGCAGCACCAGGCACCCCAGGAGAUUUUGGACCAUCUGGAUUCCCAGGAUUGAAAGGCCUACAAGGAGAUCACGGAGUACCAGGAAUUAGAGGAGCUGAUGGUACUCCAGGUUUUCCAGGACCCAAAGGACUGCAAGGACCCCCAGGUCCUCUUGGUUUGCCUGGCCUGCCAGGACGACCAGGAUUGCAUGGAUUCCCAGGGCUUCCAGGACAGCAAGGACCUUCCGGCAGAACUGGCUCACCAGGAUUUGUUGGUUCACUUGGUGCCAGAGGAGAUCAAGGUGACCAAGGUUUUCCUGGUCCAGUGGGCAUGAAAGGUCUGGCUGGUGACAAAGGUGAACUCGGUAACAAAGGAGUACAAGGAACACCUGGGGUGCCUGGUCUCCCGGGAAUAGACGGAAUGCCUGGCUUUCCAGGGUUAAAAGGUGCUAAAGGUUCACCUGGUAUUGGAGGUUUCAAAGGUAUGUUAGGCCAGAAAGGAAAACCAGGACUGAAAGGACUCAAAGGCGAAGUCGGCUCUUUUGGCAAUCAGGGUUUUAAAGGUCUACCUGGGGAACCAGGCCAUAAAGGUGAGCGUGGGGAACGGGGUCCAGCAGGAAAACCACCAAAGAUCAUGCCAAGCAUGCUGUUUGAGGUUAAAGGUGAGAAAGGAGAUAUAGGAGACCCUGGCCUAAAAGGAAAUUUAGGCUUUAAAGGUAGUAAAGGAAUGCCAGGCUUACCUGGCAAAUCAGGAGUUCCAGGUUUCCCUGGAUCAAAUAGUCACAUUGAAGGUGAGAAAGGAGACACUGGUAUUAAAGGAGUGACAGGUAUUCUGGGGUAUCCUGGUGCAAUUGGACCACCUGGCAUACGAGGUUUCCCUGGAACCACUGGAAUCAGGGGUGAAAAGGGUAUUGAAGGAAUCAGAGGUGACUAUGGUAGACCUGGCCCUGCUGGACAAACUGGUGAUCGAGGAGAUACUAUAAACUUACCAGGAAGCACAGGUCUGAAAGGAGAAGCUGGUGAAACUGGAUCAUUGGGUGUGAAAGGAACCAGCGGACAUAAAGGUGAAGGAGGUGAUCCUGGUUUUAUUGGCAUUGAAGGCCUAAAAGGCAUCCAAGGUUUUCCUGGUUUAAAAGGGCAAAAAGGCUUCCCAGGGCUGGUUGGACCACCAGGAUCACAGGGAGACCCAGGUAUUCCUGGAUUUCAAGGUGAAAAAGGAAGUCAUGGAUGGCCUGGUUUAGCAGGACAAGCAGGUUUACCUGGCUUCCGAGGAAUCAGUGGAUUGGAUGGUUUGCUAGGAACUAAGGGCUUGCCAGGCUCCCCAGGUCCAGAUGCAUAUGGGACUGAAGGUUUCCCAGGUAUUUAUGGUGACAAAGGGGAAGCAGGCGAACCAAACACUAUUGAAGGCCCCAGAGGAGCGCCAGGUCAGAAAGGAGAGAGAGGCAAUCCAGGGGAACGAGGCCCAAUUGGUGACCUAGGGGCUGAUGGAAUUCCAGGCUUUCCUGGAGUUUCAAACAUAUCAGGAAUACCUGGUGAUGUGGGUUCUGCAGGUCUAGAUGGAGUGCCAGGCUAUCCAGGACCCCGGGGCAGACCUGGAAUUCCAGCUCCAGUGGGAAGCAAAGGAGAAGAUGGUCAAAUAGGUGUGCUUGGAGAAGAUGGUCAAAAAGGAACUAGAGGUGACCCUGGACCACAAGGGAGACCUGGAAUUUCAGGGUACCCUGGACCAAAAGGGCAUAAAGGCGCGCAAGGUCUCAUGGGUACUCUUGGCUUAGUGGGAGCUUUUGGUGACACAGGGCCCAUUGGACCCAAGGGGGACAGAGGACCUACUGGUUUCCAAGGACCUCCAGGUUCUCCUGGGCUGCCUGCAGUCCCCCCUAAGCUGGUCACUCACCAGGGUACAGCAGGCCCUCGUGGAAAUAUGGGUACGCAAGGAAUACCUGGUGAGAUGGGGCCCCACGGUCCACCAGGUGAUCCAGGUUUUAGAGGCCCACCAGGUAAACCAGGGUUCCAAGGAAGAGGUGGCAUGUCAGCUCUUCCAGGUUUUAGAGGAGAUCAAGGACCAUCAGGUUUUCCAGGUCUUGCAGGCUUGGAGGGUGAACCAGGCCAUCCAGGUAACCCUGGGAUACCAGGUAUGCCAGGUCGCAGUGUUAACAUUGGGUACCUUCUGGUGAAGCAUAGCCAGUCUGAGCAGGAGCCAAUGUGCCCAGUUGGUAUGAACAAACUCUGGAGUGGCUACAGUCUACUGUAUUUUGAAGGACAGGAAAAAGCACAUAACCAGGACCUUGGGCUGGCUGGAUCCUGUUUGGCUCGUUUUAGUACCAUGCCUUUCCUCUACUGUAACCCUGGGGACAUCUGUUAUUAUGCAAACCGAAAUGAUAAAUCCUACUGGCUCUCAACCACAGCACCUCUUCCAAUGAUGCCUGUGGCAGAAGAAGAAAUUAGACCAUAUAUCAGUCGUUGUUCCGUCUGUGAAGCCCCAGCUGUUGCAAUUGCUGUCCAUAGUCAAGAUGUUUCUAUUCCACACUGUCCUGAAGGGUGGCGCAGUUUAUGGAUUGGAUAUUCCUUCCUCAUGCACACUGGAGCUGGUGAUGAAGGCGGCGGACAGUCACUGGUUUCUCCUGGGAGCUGUCUGGAAGACUUCAGAGCUACUCCUUUCAUUGAAUGCAAUGGUGCCCGAGGAACCUGCCACUACUAUGCAAACAAGUAUAGCUUCUGGCUUACCACUAUUAACCAGCAAUUCCAGAGCUUGCCCUCAGCAGAUACACUCAAGGCAGGUCUCAUCCGAACUCAUAUCAGCAGAUGUCAAGUCUGCAUGAAAAAUUUGUAAAAUAUAUAAUAUAUCCCUAGUAGUAAAAGGAAAAUGUUUCUACAGUGUUCUAGACCUAUCACAUUGGUGCUUAUUUAACUUAUUACCUCAAAAGCUGAAUGAAAAGUUUAUAAGUGUCUGUAAAAGCACAAAGGCUUAUACCAAAUGCUGGCUGCUUCUCCUACCAUACAGUAUAUUUUGCUAGUCUAACACCAUGUUAUUUGCUAAUUGAGUCAAAUACUCAACCUUGAAACACCACAAAACCAUCCAGUUACUAAUCUAACAAUUCUCUUGGGCAGAUCUGUUCUCUAACAUGUUUAAUGUAAACAUUCUAUUAAAUGUACUUCUUGUCUUAGUUUAUUGUUAACAGGUGUAGUUCAUAUUAAUUAAGUGGUGACAUACAACAGUAAAACAUAAGUGCUAGCACAGCAGUGGGCUAACCUUUGGGAAGUACUCAUAGAUCUGAGCCCCAAGCCCAGCCUUUGAACUUACCUUUUACUGUAAUAAGAGUUUAUACCUGGGCACUUACAAUGGAAAGACAGGUUGGUUUAAACUCCCCAUGCCUUUGCCAUGCUUUUUGUCCUACCACUUUCACCACCAGAGAGUUUAUAAACAUUGUGAAUUAGCUCAGGUAGCCACAUUUAGUGUUACUCUCUUCUUCUUGCAAUGAGAACAGUUCAUUACCAAUGGCAGCAUGUUACUUCACAAACUUAUCACAUUUUUCCAGCUAUACCCCACAUCACAGGAUAACUACAGUGGGUCCUUGCUCCUUUCUGUUGUGUGGCACUGAAUAAAUGCCCACUAGACACAUGGGCCCACAAGAGGGAGAGAGCAUCAUACUUUCUUCCUUUAACAACCAUGCCAUGUACUUAAUAACACUGUGUGGUUAGGGCUUCAUAUGAAUUUGGUUAUACAGUUGUGGAGCAGGCACUAUACAACAUACUGCCCUGAAAAAUCCAUGCUAUGUGCACAGAUUUCCCAGCUGAAGAAGUUAUUACAGGGGUAGGCAACCUAUGGCAUGUGUGCCAAAGGCGGCACAUGAGCUGAUUUUCAGUGACACUCUCAUUGCCUGGGUCCUGGCCACCAGUCCAGGGGGCUCUGCAUUUUAAUUUAAUUUUAAA